CAAACAUCCUUGAAUCGAGCUGACUCUGACUUGCAGGGAUUUUAACGACCAAAAUAUUGUUGCCUUCUCUUUCAUCAUUUCUCGAAAAUCAGACUUCUCAGGCUUCAUCAAGUUCAAUUUUUAUAGCUAUUAUUCCAGGCAUGCGGCCACAGACAUGCGCAAAAACUACAGCUUCCGCUCCGGGCCCUAUCCAUGACAUUCCAGCAUCAUCUCCUGCACCGGCUGCUACUUCUUCGCCAACUCAUGCUACACCAUAUACGUGUUCCAAAGGACCCACAGCGGCAUCAGCAGAACCGAUUAACAGUACUAGUACUGCUCAACCUCGUGUUCGUACACCACUGACAAUUCGCCUGCCAAGAGCAUCGCUUGUAGGACAUGGGACGACAUUAUCCAUCGCAAACAAUGUUUCUACAUCGUCUCUUACCGCUUCUGCACCUGCUGUUGGUAUUAAUAUUGGCGCUGGUGCUCCUAUUCCCACCUCAUCCAUAUGCACUGCCAUACCUGGACCUACUCUGCGGGUACUUACACUACCUCCGACAUCAUCCAAUGUAUCACAACCUACAUCCACAACAUCUCCGCGGCCUCCUUCAUCUGCGCUGUCACCAGCUAUAACUGCAUUAAAACAUAUACUACAUCUAAAAAUUGGACUUAGUGAAAAUGCCGUCUAA